AAAUUCUCUUACGGAAGCUAUUUUUCUCUAUUAUAAAUUAUGAUUGAAUUAUAAAAAUAUGAAGAAUAUUUGAUGUGUUUAAUAAGAUACUUUCGGAUAUAUAAAAUUUAGUGAAUACAUUCAAUAUGAAACAAAAUAUAUGUAUGGUGUCUGACUUCUUUUAUCCAAAUAUGGGUGGUGUUGAAAGCCAUAUUUAUCAGCUGUCUCAAUGUUUGAUUGAAAGAGGACACAAAGUCAUUGUAGCUACACAUCGUUAUGAAGACAGACAAGGCGUGCGAUAUUUAACCAAUGGCUUAAAGGUUUAUUACCUGCCAUUCUACCCCAUUUAUAACCAAUGCAUUCUGCCAUCACUUUUCACCUCAUUUCCCUUGCUUCGGGAUAUUUUCAUUCGAGAGAAAAUCACUAUUGUUCAUGGACAUUCGGCAUUUUCAACUUUGGCACAUGAAGCUAUGUUCCAUGCAAAGACAAUGGGAUUGAGAGUGGUUUUCACCGAUCAUUCUCUUUUUGGUUUUGCGGAUGGUAGUUCUAUACUGACCAAUAAGGUAUUGACUGUCUCAUUAGCAGAUUGUAACCAUUCUAUUUGUGUCUCACAUACAAGUAAAGAAAACACUGUACUGAGGUCUUCUGUCAAGCCAGAAAUGGUGUCUGUCAUCCCAAAUGCUGUUGAUUGUACCAAGUUCAUUCCAGAUCCAUCAAAACAAGAUACGUCAAAGAUUACCAUUGUAGUAAUAUGCAGGCUAGUUUAUAGAAAAGGAAUGGAUCUUUUGGCUGGAAUUAUCCCAGAUAUAUGUAAGCGCUAUCCUAAUAUUCAAUUCAUUAUUGGAGGUGAAGGUCCCAAGCGAAUUGUUUUGGAAGAGGUUUGUGAAACACAUCAUCUUCAGGAAAGAGUUUCAAUGUUAGGAUCUCUGAAACACACUGAAAUAAGGGAUGUUCUUGUUAAAGGAGACAUUUUGUUAAACACUUCCCUAACUGAAGCUUUCUGCAUAGCAAUGGUUGAGGCUGCCUCAUGUGGACUUCAGGUUGUGAGUACCAAAGUUGGUGGAGUUCCUGAAGUUCUUCCAGAUGACCUUAUUAUACUGGCUGAACCUAAUGUUCCAGCUCUUUUACAGGGCUUGGAUAAAGCUAUUUCUCUUCAUGCAAAAGGAGAAGUUUGCGACCCAUUUGAGAGACACCAGCGUAUCAAAGAGAUGUAUAACUGGCGUUCUGUAGCUCAACGAACUGAAAAGGUUUACAAAAAUGUAAUGUUGAUGCCAUCUAGAGAUAUAGCAGAACGAUUAAAGAAGUACUACAACACAGGAAAACUGGUUGGCAAGCUCCUUGUCAUUGUUACCAUCAUUGAUAUUAUAUUUUUGUCUUACUUAAGGUGGUUCUAUCCGGAUGAGAAUAUACAACUUGUUCCAGAUCAUAAAGAUCAAAAGCAGUUAACAUAAAUUAUAUUUCAAAUGAAGGAUUUGGAAGAUGGAGCCUCUACACAUUACUUCACCCUACAUGAAAUAGCAACCAAAUUCUGUCAAAUAAUACUUUAUCAUCUUGGCAAAGAAUGAUAUAUUGUAUGAGGUAGUCCUAGAUAUACAACCAUGUGGUAAUGACUGGAUUACUUUUGACUGUUUCCACUCAGUCAGGGCUGAUCUGCAGCUGCAAAAUAUUCUUUUGCUGUAUUGUAUUAAGAAGGGUUUGAUAACCUUGCAAUCCACUCAUGUAAUAGGAAACAGGAUGGCUUAAAGCUACAUUUGAACUACAAUAUCUCUUUACUGCUGGAUAUAUUUAAAGAUUGUUGUAUAUAAGAUUAUGGUAUUGUUGAUUUAACUUGAAGACUGUUUUACCUUUCCAUGGUUCCUGACCGUGUGCUGCGACCAUGCUGAGAUACCUCCAUUAGAACGGUCAUUCCCAUUCAUGAAGAAUCAAACUAUGGCAUCCCAUGUGAAUGGUGGAAAUAUCUACUACUAAAUUUAACAACUUCUGGGAUGUGUCUAAAUAUUCAAGAUCUGACCAAAAAGAGAAAAAAAAAA